AUGAACGCAUCUUCUCUAAAGGCAGUUUCCCCCGGAAGUGACGUUGAUUGUUGUCUUGGGCUUUCCUUUGUCGUGUGGCAGCAGUAGUUUCGGCCAUCAAAGAUGACUACAGCUGCAAGACCAACCUUUGAGCCGGCGAGAGGAGGGAGGGGUAAAGGAGAAGGUGAUUUGAGUGCCCUGUCCAAGCAAUACUCCAGUCGAGAUCUUCCGGGUCACACAAAGAUCAAGUACAGACAGCCCACCCAGGAUGCCCCUGAGGAGGUGCGUGCCCGUGACUUUCGCAGAGAGCUGGAGGAGAGAGAGCGUGUAGCUGCACGUGAAAAGACUAGAGAGAGGGGACCAAGAGAGCACACCACAUCAUCAUCAUCAUCUUCUUCAUCAUCUUCAAAAAGGCCAAGACUGGAUCAGAUUCCAGCUGCCAACCUUGAUGCUGAUGAUCCUCUCACUGAUGACGAUGAAGAUGAGGACUCUGAGGAAGAUAGUGAUGAUGAUGACACUGCAGCUCUUUUGGCUGAACUGGAGAAGAUCAAGAAAGAGCGCGCUGAAGAGCAAGAACGCAAAGAGCGAGAGCAAAAGGCAGAGGAGGAGAGAAUUCGAAUGGAAAAUAUCUUGAGCGGCAAUCCAUUGAUUAAUUUGGCAGGGCAGCAGCAACAGAACCAGAUUCAGAAUACAUUCAGGGUCAAGAGAAGGUGGGACGAUGACGUUGUGUUCAAGAACUGCGCCAAAGGAGUGGAUGAGGCACGGAAGGAGAAACGCUUUGUCAAUGACACACUUCGUUCUGAGUUUCACAAGAAAUUUAUGGAGAAAUAUGUAAAGUAGAGGACUUCUUUUGUGUUUAUUUUAUUGUUUUUGUAUCUAAUAUGUUUGGUCUUUUUUUCCUCUACCCUCUGUUGCAGAGAGUACAUAGUUUUUCAAAUAAACUGUAUAGAACUUCAUUAGUACUUGUACAAUCAUCCAUUCUUAACCACUUAUCCAUCUGUUCAGUCAUGCUGUAUAUAAACGGGUCAGUGUGAGCUUAUUUGAGUGAAGUUUGUGAAAAGUUAAACACAUUUUUAAACUAUGAGCCAGCAUUUCUUUUUCUUUUUCCAAUAAACUGGCCAAGAGCUCAGAGAUCUUUGCAAAUGCAAUUACAUUAGGCUCCAGUUUAAAAUCAGACUUUCAAAUGUAAAGACCUCCUUCUGUUUUCUCUAGUUUGAUGAUGUAUCAGUUUAGCCGCUCCACGCACACAAACAUUUCAUUUCAAGAGUGCAGAGAUCUGCAAUCCAGUUUUUCUUUCUUUAUCCAUCCAUCCAUCCCUUCUGCUUAUCUAAUUUGGGGUGGGUGGUUGGGGGGCUGGACCUUAUCCCAGCUGUCAUGGGGUGAAUGGCAGUGACAACCUGCCAGUCUAUUGCAUUUCUUGCUUUUUUUUUCCCAAUAAAGUGUCUCACAUUACUUGA